UCCAAAUUGUCAUGGACAACAUUCCAAAAUUAAAUUUACACGGUCUGCCUUCGCCACGAGGGUUAACACCUGAGAAAAGAAAUAGAACAUAUAGAAAAUCGCCAAGAAAACAAGUUAAAGAAGAAUUUAUAUGUCCAAUAUGCAAGGAUUACUACAAGACACCCAAAGGCCUUCCAUGUCUUCAUUCUUUCUGCAGAACUUGUUUAAAGGGUCAUAUUUUGACAGUUAAGCGUUCAUUUCCAGUUCGGGGGUCCAAUUUUAAUUGUCCAGUAUGCCGAAUGAUGAUAAUGCCACCAGAUGCGCUCCAAGCCAGGCGAGACUGGGUGGACCAAUUCCCCAACAACCACCAGAUGAUCCGUUUGAUGGAGAAAGUUUUUCCAGAUGUCAAAUGGCGGCCAUGUGUCCCAUGUAAAUCUAGGAACGUAAACCAAAUGGCAGUACGGACAUGUAUCACUUGUAAGGAAGAUUAUUGUCAGGAAUGUUCUAAUUUUCAUAAACGCUUCAAAGCAACAAAACAACACAUGCAGGCGGAAAUAAAAUACAACAUCCAUCGCCCAAUCGACGACAUGUCAGACGACAACAGAUCUGUAUCUGAUAGAGGGCAAAACCAAUUUCACAUCGAGGCUAAAUUUAACAGACGGUUAGAUUUGAACUUUGCUGAAAAAUCUCCAGGAAACAUAACUAGCAUUGUUUUUGUUGACAAUGACAAUAUUGUUUUAAGCGAUGGAUUUGAUAAGAGACUGAUGCUAUACCGCGAUUCGCAAGCAGAGAUCUCGGCUGUUCUAGGCAAAAUUAAAUGUGUAUCGAUUCUCACUGGUGAGACAAAAUGGGAACAACCAGCAAAUACACCUCGUGCUGUGGCCUUGUGUGGUAAUAAAAUAUUUGUUGCUAAUAUCAAAGAAGAAAAAAUACAGGUUUUCUCGAGAAAUGGCAGAUUUAUUCAAACAUUGUUGAACAGAAGGAAUAAGAUUCGACGUCCACAAGCUAUUUCUGUGAACCCCGAUGGAAGUAAAUUAGCCGUCUGUGUAAGUCCGCCAGAUGAAAGUGACUACAUCUUAGUAUAUGAUUUAGUAUACCAUGGAAAGUUUGUUGAGAAGGAACCAGAAAAACAGAAGAGUUCCACUUGUACUAUUUCGUGAAACGUGACGCAAUUCAAUCCGCAACGUUAGAUAGUGGAUGGUUUCAGAAAAACAGUCUGUUUUGAAUAGGAAAUUAAUUAU